GACUGCUAGGAUUAUUCUUGAUGAUUGUGAUCCUGCUGUUGCUCUUGAUAAUGGUCAUCAGUUUGAUGAUUUUACCUGUGCUGCAGAAACACAAUACCUUGGAGAACUCAGAUUCCUUGAUCUGAAUGGACCCUUUAUCAUUGGUGGGCUCCCAGAGCUACCAAGUGAGUUCCCUGUGGAGAAUACAGACUUCAAAGGCUGUCUACGGGAUAUAUACAUCAAUAAUGAACUCCUAGACCUUGCUACCAAUGUGGAGGACUAUAACACCCAGCCAGGCUGCCCUCAUAUGGCUAAUUUCUGUGAGAGUGACCCCUGUCAUACUGGAGGGACUUGUGAGAAUGGAUGGGAUCGUUAUCAUUGUCACUGCUCAGAAGGAAGUGGAGGUGUUAAUUGUCAGGAAGCCUUGUCCACCCCGAUUCGUUUUAUUGGUGAGAGCUACAUGAGAUUUGAUCUUGAUCAUCCAAUCACCUUACCCUGGACCAAUCGGGUUGUAUUCCGUACUGGCCAUGCCGAUGGCGUCCUCAUGUUUAUCCAACUGUCAAACAACAUCAACAUUCGCAUCGAGCUUGUUGAAGGUCACCUUCAUUAUGUGACCAGUUCAGUAGAUGUCCAACUUGACCAGGCUACAUUCAAUGACAGAGAAUGGCAUGAUAUCGAGGCAGAAUGGAAAAAUGAUAAAAUCAAACUCUCUAUGGAUUUUGACAAGUACAGAACAUCAGUUCGUGCGACUGAUAACAUCAAUGGAAAGACUGUACAGAGGGUUGAUCUAGGAGGUAGAUUGACUGAUAAUGGAAUGUAUAAUGCUUUCACUGGCUGCAUGCAGGGUAUGUCUAUUGGUGAAAGUCACCUUGAUCCAUCUACUGUUGAAGGAGUGAACAUUGAAGAGGGAUGUAAUGUCCCUAAAGCAUGUGAUACCGCUCAGUGUCCAAUAAACAGUGUAUGUGUGGAUCUAUGGGAUUCAUUUGAAUGCCAGUGUGAUAAAGGUUAUGUUGGUCCCAACUGUGUAUCUGCCUGUGACUUACGUGUCUGUGAGCAUGGAUCCUUCUGUAAUCUUGACAAGUCUGCAGAGUUUGGCUACACCUGUACCUGUUCUGACCUCUACUAUGGAGACCACUGCGAGAAUAUCAUAGAUGAAUGUGAUGAUGAUUGGUGGGGUCAUCAGAUCUGUGGGCCUUGUGAAUGUGAUGAGGAGAUGGGCUUUGAAUCUGCCUGUAACAAGACAACCAGUGAAUGCUAUUGUGCUGAGCACUCCUACAGACCAUCAGAUAGUGAUACAUGCUUUCCUUGUAACUGCUAUGAGAUUGGAUCACUAGGCCAGGAUUGUGAUCAAGAGACUGGGGCUUGUACCUGUAAGAGAGGUGCUAUUGGUAGACGAUGUGAUGAAUGUGUUGAUCCACAUGCUGAGGUCACUCUUAGGGGUUGUGAAGUGGUAUAUGACUCAUGUCCUAAGCGUUUUUCUGAAGAUCUUUGGUGGCCAAGAACCAAGUUUGGAAAGACAGCUAUCCUUGACUGCCCUGGAGAGAGCUAUGGCUUUGCUACACGAUACUGUGAUUAUGAGAAUAACUGGCAAAUGCCCAAUCUAUUCAACUGUACUUCAGAUAAUUUCCUCCAGCUUCAGAAUAUACUUGAAAGUCUGCAGAAUGGUCAAAAACUAUAUCCAGAAGUUUCCUUCAACAUUGCAAUGAAGCUCCAGGAAGCUACUAAUGAGACAGAUCAUUUCCAUGGGAAUGACAUCAAUAUAGCAUACCAGGUCCUUGGCUAUCUCCUCAGACAUGAAAGUAAGCAGGUGGGACUGAAUGUGACUGCCACCAUCAUGAAGUCCUUUACAAAGAAUAUUGUUGAGACAGUGAGCCGAUUGUUUGAGCCUCAGAAUAGAAUUCAUUGGGAGAUGAUUCAGGAGACUUCACGAGGAACGGCUGAGAUCAUGGAGGACAUGGAAAAAUUUGCUCUCAACAUUGCAAAAUUCACCAAUUCUUUCUCCUAUACCCCAGAAUUCUCCAUCAUUACCCCCAAUAUCAUCAUGCACCAUGAUAUCAUCCUGCGUGAAAACUUCUCUGUGAGAGCUGUCCCUGAGUAUGGGAAAGAAGCUUUACUUUCUCUUGAUGAUAACUCUCAAGUUCACAUCCCUGGUGAUCUGAUCCAACCAAGGACAGAGAUUGAUGAUCCUAAUCAGAUCUCUAUUACUAGUAAUGUUGCUGUGACAGCCUUCAUUCUCUACUCCACUCUACAGAAUCUUCUUCCCAACAGCACAAUGGACAAUGUCAGGAAACCAGAUAACCAUGUUGGUCAGAUCAUAGAUUCUCCAGUAGUAUCCUUCUCUAUCUAUGAUGAGCUAGCCAAUGGCACACUGCCUGACCCUCUUCUGUCUCCAGUCAUUAUAGAGUUCCAGUCUAUAGAUGCGGUCAACAGGAGUGGACCGCAAUGUGUCUUUUGGGAUUUUGAGUAUAAUAAUGGCACUGGUGGAUGGUCAUCUGAUGGUUGUGAGCUGAGUGGAUAUAACAGGACACAUAUCAAUUGUUCCUGUACACAUCUUACUAAUAUAGCAGUCAUCAUGGAUAAUGCACCUUACAUGUAUGUAGAGGAAGUGAUGAUCACUCUGUCUAUAGCUGUCUAUGUUGGUGUUGGUAUUGCCAUCUUGUGUCUCCUAAUCACCUUCCUAACACUCCUGGGUGUGUCCAACCUACACACCAAUCUCAAUAGCAUACAUAUCAAUCUAUGCUUUGUACUCAUCGCAGCUGAGGUAACAUUUGGCGUUGGCAUCAGUACGGAAAACAAUUAUGCCUGUACAGCCGUGGCCAUCAUCCUUCACUAUGCCCUCCUCUCUGCGUUUGGCUGGAUGUUUGUAGAAGGUAUCCAUCUCUACCGGAUGAUGACAGAGAUCCGUGAUAUCAACACCGGUCCCAUGACAUACUCCUAUGUUUUAUCAUAUGGUCUGUCAGCUCUCAUUGUUGGUUUGGCUGUUCCGCUUAGUAACAUCAACUAUGGCUCACAGGUCAACAGCAGAAAUGAACAUUUCUGUUGGUUUUCUGUAGAAGACUUGUUGAUUUGGAGCUUUGCUGGACCAGUUCUUGCAGUAGUGGCUAUGAAUAUGGUAGUCAUCUUCCUUGCCAUCAUGGAAUCCUGCAGAUCAGCCAAUAAGAAUCCAGAAUUUGGCAAACUGAGGUCUGGUAUCCGAUCAGCAGGCAUCCUACUACCAUUGCUUGGUAUUACUUGGGUGUUUGGUUUAUUAGCUGUCAAUCAAACUCUCAUCAUCUACCAGUAUCUAUUUGCUAUCUUCAAUAGCAUUACAGGAAUAGCUAUUCUUCUAUUCCACUGUGUGCUUGAUUAUAGGGUACGGAAUGAAUGGUGUAGAUGCUGUCACAGGAUGCAAGGAAAACAAUACAAACCAGAAAUUAAUAACAGCAUCAACUCACGAUCUGCCCUGACAUAUAGUAAAAAUGAUUCCAUCGGCACACCGGGUAGAUAUAACAUUGGCAUAUCAACAGCAUCAAUAGGCGCAAGUAGCCGUUCAUCAAAAAUGAGUAACAACCCUCAUGUUUAUCGACCUGAUGGCUACCUACGCAAGACAGCCAGUACAACUACCACUUCACCAUCAGCCCAUUUUGAUUAUGUGCCAUCCUACUACAAAAAUAAUGCUGAAACAAAUUUAGAUGAUAAUGAUUCUGAUUCAGACAGUGAUGCAUCAGUUCAGCGUCAGAGAGAUAGUAUGUCAUUAGCAUCAUCUCAUUCUUCUGAUGAUGAGGAAAUAGCACCUUUACCUGAUAAAGAACAAUGGAAAAGCACACCUAAAAAAGUUCAUUUACCAGAUAAUAUUCCCCAAACUACCAUAGCACCAAUCCAUAGUACACCAAAAGUAAAACCAUCACCAGAGAUGCUUCACAAGAAAAUAUAUUCUGGUGAUAUUUUAACAAAUGAUAAUGAGUCACGCCAUAGAGCAGAGCUUAAGAUAUUAGACCCUAAACUCCCUCCACCAGAUAGUGAUAGAGAUGGAAGUCAGAACAGUGGAAGUGUGUCAGGAAGUCGGACACACUUACCGGCAGUCUCUCAACGUCCUGAUAUCCUUCCAUUAAAAGGUAUCAUGAAGACACCAGGUAGCUCUCAUAAAGGAUCACCAAACACCACAAGCAGCUCACAUAGUAGUCUGAUUCCAGCUGAUGUCACUAGCCACAGGGACAAACUGACCGUUAGGCCGGCUGGAGGUCAAGGCGACAACGAUUCAGAGUGCGUGCCUGUCACUGAUCUUUAAAUUGCCUCUCUACAUAUUCCCUUUAUUAGACCAUUUUAUGAUCCCUAGCCCUGAAAUUGUGGUUUGUUUAUGUAUGCAAAUUACACUUGUCUUUGGUGAGAGGGUACUACAUUAACAGAAUAAUAUAGGAUAAAUAUACUUGCUGCUUUUAUAAUAAUCAUAUAAAAAUAUAUACAACUAGAAACAGUACACUUCAUAUCCUCUCUUGUAUCUGUUUGUAGACAAAUCUUUAAUAAUCUCAUUUAAAUCUGAGAAAUGACUUUGACCUGACCAUUCUUUGUAAGGCCUUCUGUUAAGUACUUCAACAAAAUGUACGUCCACAGCUUUGUUCAAUUUGGGGUUCCUCAAUUGGCCAUUGUGUCUAUUACCAUAACCACAAAAAUAAUAAGCAGAUACAGGAAAUGACUCAAAAAUGUUGACAAUUAUAUUUAUUCCAUUCAUAUGGGAUUUGAAAACAAAAGCUAUGAAGCUAUGAACAAGAAGAUGAUUUUAUUAUAUUGACAUAGACACACAUUAAAAUUUAAAUGUUUGUGACAAGCAGUUGAGGAUAGGAUUUUUUGGGAAGCAUUGUAAAUAAGACUUUUGAGCAGAUGGGUAUAUAUAUGAGUAAGGUGUGUGGACAAGGAAUGUAUUAUACUAGACUGGUGAAUGGACACAAAAUACUAUGAUGUCUCUAUAUGUGUGUGUGUUGUGCACUUAUUACUUGUUAUUUCAUGAUUAUGAGAUCAGAAAUUAACAUAUCAACAGAUAGGUUUGUUCUCAUUUUACAGGAGACGGGGCUCUUAAAACAAUCAUUAUUAUGCUAUAUGGUGCUGAAUGAAAAAAAAAAAGAAUUACAAAUCUACUCCCCACAUGUAUUGUACACAUUACAUUUUAGGAAGUGAAAGGAAAGGAGCUUGAUAAAUGUUGUGAUUUUGUGUCAUUGUGAAAUCUGUGACUGCUACAUUUCAAAGAUAUGUAUAUUAAAAUCAUGUUUAUAUCAUGAAUUAUGGACAAAAUCAAUAUCUUUCCAAUCAAGAUAUAAAUAGAUGAAAGAUGGACUAGAAUAUCUUGUAUCUAUACCUCAAUAUCGUACUAGAGGCAUGUACUACAACUGUGAUCUACUAGGAAUUAUGCUUGUUUAAUGUGAUGCUUUGUAUGGGUGAUUUUUGUGACCUUGUAUCAAAGUGCACUGCAACUACAUGUACAUAUAACAUAAAGAAUUUCAAGGAUGUAAAAGAUGAUUCUGCCCUACUUCUCCAACACCCACAGAUGCAUACUCUGGGCCCUGCUCUGGGCAAAUUGAAAUGAUAUUUAUUAAUAUAGGCAAAUUGAUUUACUAUGAACUGAAGAAUUCUAAAUGCUCAAAGAAAAUUGUUAACUCUAAUUCAAGCAAAUUGAAGACAGGCCGAGUGGAGUUCUCCAUCAAAACAUGUAAAUGAAUAUCAGAAGUGGUAGACUUUUAAAUCUAAAAGGAUUUAUAUAUUUUAUAUCCUUGAUUCUUCAUCCCUGGCAGUAUAUAAAUUGGGUCCACGAUAUAAAGUUUGUCUCAUCUUUUUCUUUAGGAGUUUGAUUUGAAUAAUCCAUCAUGCGGACCUCUGUUUACUUUGUACCCAUGUAUUUAAAUUAAAGUUGUGAGCAAAAUAUAAAUCGGGAGUUUUCACACAGCGGUGUAGAAUGAAUCCUACAACGCAGCCAAUGCAUUGGAAGUCAAAUCACAGUGAAGUCUUUGUUAAAGGUCGGUGAAUCGGAGCUGAAAUUUUGUCUUUGUGAAAGCUGACGAAAAAUUGCAAAUGUGUUGUCACGGCCCAAACUGCUGGUUUUAUUCGCCGACCCUCAAGAGACUUCAUUUUGAUUUGACUUGCAUUUUCAAUGCAUUUGCUGCGUGAUAGCUAGGGUUCAUUCUGUGCCUCUGUGUAAAAACUCCCUUAUAUCAGGACUACAUCACCAAAAUUACAACUUUUUCUUCUCUUUGUUUCUCUUAUUUAAUAGUGAUAAAUGAACUAUCUGGUAAUAAACAGUUAAGUCAGGCUGCAGUUUUAUCAAAUCACUUGCAUGUUUCCCCAUGUAAUCAAUUCCCAUGCAGUUUUGAUAAUGAAACUUGUUAAUUCAACACAAGCAAAAAUAAUAUUAAUAUUUCGUUAUUCCUUUUACAUGAUUUCCUUCUCUUAUAUGAAAAUGUUGAUUUUUACAUUGUUUUUUUUUUAGGGAGAGG